UUGUGUCGUGGUUUUUCGCGUGUGCAAGGGCCCCAUGAAGCGGCUGUCAUGCACAUAGCGACAUUGAUUGCAUUCGUGCAGCUGUCGCUCGCUACAGCUGUUUCAGAUGGCGUCCAAACCCUCACUGCGGCAGAGUUGAACCUUCAGCUGGCUGGUGACAACUCUUUAUCACCGUUCUACGAAACCAGUGAUGAUACCGCGGUGCAUUUUAUGCGAGGGUCGAGGGCAGUUGACUCUCCUCUCUCGCCCGAUAUCGAUGUACAAUGUACCGCUGAUUAUAUUGAAGUAACGGUUGAAUUUGCUGAUGUAUAUGACGGUAUUAUAUACAGCAAGGGAUACCUGAACGAUCCAAAAUGCAAAUAUGUAACUCUUGGCGGAAGUCAGUCGCGUUACUCGUUCAGAGUGCCUCUGAACGGCUGUGGAUCUCGACCUCUGUGCAAUGCUUGUGGAACAAUUGAUAAUGUUCUCGUAUUCCAAGCCGAUGACUUCGUUCAGGGUUCACUGGACUUUGCUAGAAAGGUAUCAUGUGUAAGGACUUCACUGGAAGUAUCAACUGGUGGAACGAGAGAGGAGCAAACGCACGUUUUAAAACUUAAACCAUUUAUGGUGGAUAUGCUCGAUGUGGUUGCUGUCCAAGGUCCCGCUGGUGGGGUUGAGUGCUGGAUGGAUAUUCAAAAAGGAGUAUUUCCUAACACUACUCCUUUUGAAAGUUCAAUCAAAAUUGGUGAAUAUCUAACAAUCUUAGUGUACUUGAAGGACGUAAGAAACCAAUUUAAUCUUAAAAUUCACGACUGCUGGGCUUAUGAUAGCGACAGCUACGACAGCCCUAAGACGAAUAAAAUACAACUAACCGAUAAACAAGGAUGUCCUAAGAAGAAAAAACUCAUCGAUCAAUGGCAAAAGUCUACAAAUACUGGCAAAAGUGGGGCAACUUUGAUUGCGUAUAGUAAAGUUAGCGCUUUUCGAUUUCCCGAAACGGAUCAAGUAUAUUUAACCUGUAAUGUUGAGCUCUGUAGGAGUAACUGCGACUCAUCAUGUGAUGGGUCAAUCAAGGAAAUUUCAACAACAUUCAGACCACAGACACAGUGUUACCCAGGCUCUUUGGAUCCACAGUGUCAGUUAAAUACUGCACCGCCCCAAAUUAAAUGCUAUCCCGAUAGUUCUGACCCACAAUGUAAGGAACCUACACCAGCGCCACCAAAAUGCUACCCGGGAUCAGACGACCCACGUUGUCCCAAAGCUUCAACUCCCCCACCAACCAAAUGUUACCCUGGAAGCACCGACCCCCGCUGUCCCACACCAACCAAACCCGAUGCAUCAAGAUGCUACCCGGGAUCAGAUGAUUCUCGAUGCCCACAACAAACUACUCCCACCCCACCAAAAUGCUAUCCUGGAAGCAAAAAUCCGCGUUGUCCUAAACCGACAACUCCCGCCCCACCAAAUUGUUACCCAGGCAGCAAUGACCCCCGCUGUCCUAAACCAACCAAACCCGAGGCACCCAACUGCUACCCCGGAAGCACCGAUCAACGGUGUCCGAAACCAACUACACCUUCCCAACCAAAUUGUUAUCCCGGAAAUAGUGACCCUCGUUGUCCUAAACCAACUACACAAGCCCCGCCUAGGUGUUAUCCGGGCUCUUCCGACCCGAGAUGCCCCCAACCAACAACUCCUGCUCCUCCGAAAUGUUUCCCUGGAAGCAACGAUCCUAGAUGUCCUAAGCCUACGACUCCCAAACCAGUUUGUUACCCAGGUUCUUCUGAUCCCAACUGCCCCCAGCCAUCUAGACCAACGACAUUAAAUCCACCUACGUAUUUACCUCCGACAACAUCGCAACAGAAAUGUUUCCCAGGAUCCUCAGACCCUAGUUGUACACAACCUACAACACCCACUCCACCAAAUUGCUAUCCUGGAAGCACUGACCCACGUUGCCCUAAACCAACAACACCCGCUCCACCUAAGUGUUACCCAGGCUCUAACGAUCCACGCUCUUCCGACCCGAGAUGCCCCCAACCAACAACUCCCGCUCUUCCGAAAUGUUUCCCUGGAAGCAACGAUCCUAGAUGUCCUAAGCCUACGACUCCCAAACCAGUUUGUUACCCAGGUUCUUCUGAUCCCAACUGCCCCCAGCCAUCUAGACCAACGACAUUAAAUCCACCUACGUAUUUACCUCCGACAACAUCGCAACAGAAAUGUUUCCCAGGCUCCUCAGACCCUAGUUGUACACGACCUACAACACCCACUCCACCAAAUUGCUAUCCUGGAAGCACUGACCCACGUUGCCCUAAACCAACAACACCCGCUCCACCUAACUGUUACCCAGGCUCUAACGAUCCACGUUGUCCGAAACCAACUACACCCACACCACCCAGAUGUUUCCCUGGUUCAGAAGACCCACGUUGUCCAAAGCCAACAACGCCGGCUCCUCCUAGAUGUUACCCAGGAAGUACAGAUCCUCGUUGCCCGAAACCAACUACUCCUGCUCCACCAAACUGUUACCCCGGAAGCACAGAUCCGCGCUGUCCUAAACCGACAACUCCAGCCCAACCCAACUGUUAUCCGGGCAGCAGCGACCCACGCUGUCCUAAACCAACCACACCCGAGGCUCCGAGAUGCUACCCGGGAUCAGAUGAUCCUCGUUGUCCGAAACCUACAACCACCGCUCGACCCAACUGUUACCCAGGAAACACUGACCCACGUUGUCCUAGGCCAACUACACCCACUCCGCCAAAGUGUUUCCCAGGUUCCAACGAUCCACGUUGUCCGAAACCAACUACACCCGCUCCACCAAGAUGUUAUCCAGGAUCAAAUGACCCUCGUUGUCCCAAACCAACUACACAAGCUCCGCCUAGGUGUUAUCCAGGCUCUUCCGACCCGAGAUGCCCCCAACCAACAACUCCCGCUCUUCCGAAAUGUUUCCCUGGAAGCAACGAUCCUAGAUGUCCUAAGCCUACGACUCCCAAACCAGUUUGUUACCCAGGUUCUUCUGAUCCCAACUGCCCCCAGCCAUCUAGACCAACGACAUUAAAUCCACCUACGUAUUUACCUCCGACAACAACGCAACAAAAAUGUUUCCCGGGCUCCUCAGACCCUAGUUGUCCACGACCUACAACACCCGCUCCUCCAAAUUGCUAUCCUGGAAGCACUGACCCACGUUGCCCUAAACCAACAACACCCGCUCCACCUAAGUGUUACCCAGGCUCUAACGAUCCACGUUGUCCGAAACCAACUACACCCGCUCCACCACGAUGUUAUCCAGGAUCAAAUGACCCUCGUUGUCCCAAACCAACUACACAAGCUCCGCCUAGGUGUUAUCCAGGCUCUUCCGACCCGAGAUGCCCCCAACCAACAACUCCAGCUCCUCCGAAAUGUUUCCCUGGAAGCAACGAUCCUAGAUGUCCUAAGCCUACGACUCCCAAACCAGUUUGUUACCCAGGUUCUCCUGAUCCCAACUGCCCUCAGCCGUCUAGGCCAACAACAUUAAAUCCACCUACGUAUUUACCUCCGACAACAUCGCAACAAAAAUGUUUCCCGGGCUCUUCAGACCCUAGUUGUCCACGACCUACAACAUCCGCUCCUCCAAAUUGUUAUCCUGGAAGCACUGACCCACGUUGCCCUAAACCAACAACGCCCGCUCCACUAAAUUGUUAUCCUGGGACCGCCCCCUCUAACUGUUACCCAGGCUCUAACGAUCCCCGUUGUCCGAAACCAACUACACCCACACCACCCAGAUGUUUCCCUGGUUCAGACGACCCACUUUGUCCAAAGGCAACAACGCCGGCUCCUCCUAGAUGUUACCCAGGAAGUACAGAUCCUCGUUGCCCGAAACCAACUACUCCUGCUCCACCAAACUGUUACCCCGGAAGCACAGAUCCGCGCUGCCCUAAACCCACAACACCAGCCCCACCCAACUGUUAUCCCGGCAGCAGCGACCCCCGCUGUCCUAUACCAACCACACCCGAGGCUCCGAGAUGCUACCCGGGAUCAGAUGAUCCUCGUUGUCCGAAACCUACUACCACCGCUCGACCCAACUGUUACCCAGGAAACACUGACCCACGUUGUCCUAAGCCAACUUCACCCGCGCCGCCAAAGUGUUUCCCAGGUUCCAACGAUCCACGUUGUCCGAAACCAACUACACCCGCUCCACCAAGAUGUUAUCCAGGAUCAGAUGACCCACGGUGUCCGAAACCAACUACGCCUUCCCAACCAAAUUGUUAUCCCGGAAAUAAUGACCCUCGUUGUCCCAAACCAACUACAGAAGCCCCGCCUAGGUGUUAUCCAGGCUCUUCCGACCCGAGAUGCCCCCAACCAACAACUCCUGCUCCUCCGAAAUGUUUCCCUGGAAGUAACGAUCCUAGAUGUCCUAAGCCUACGACUCCCAAACCAGUUUGUUACCCAGGUUCUCCUGAUCCCAACUGCCCCCAGCCGUCUAGGCCAACAACAUUAAAUCCACCUACGUAUUUACCUCCGACAACAUUGCAACAAAAAUGUUUCCCGGGCUCUUCAGACCCUAGUUGUCCACGACCUACAACACCCGCUCCUCCAAAUUGUUAUCCUGGAAGCACUGACCCACGUUGCCCUAAACCAACAACGCCCGCUGCACCUAACUGUUACCCAGGCUCUAACGAUCCACGUUGUCCGAAACCAACUACACCCACACCACCCAGAUGUUUCCCUGGAUCAGACGACCCACGUUGUCCAAAGCCAACAACGCCGGCUCCUCCUAGAUGUUACCCAGGAAGUACAGAUCCUCGUUGCCCGAAACCAACUACUCCUGCUCCACCAAACUGUUACCCCGGAAGCACAGAUCCGCGCUGUCCUAAACCGACAACUCCAGCCCCACCCAACUGUUAUCCCGGCAGCAGCGACCCCCGCUGUCCUAAACCAACCACACCCGAGGCUCCGAGAUGCUACCCGGGAUCAGAGGAUCCUCGUUGUCCGAAACCUACAACCACCGCUCGACCUAACUGUUACCCAGGAAACACUGACCCACGUUGUCCUAAGCCAACUACACCCGCUCCGCCAAAGUGUUUCCCAGGUUCCAAUGAUCCACGUUGUCCGAAACCAACUACACCCGCUCCACCAAGAUGUUAUCCAGGAUCAAAUGACCCACGGUGUCCUAAACCAACUACGCCUUCCCAACCAAAUUGUUAUCCCGGAAAUAGUGACCCUCGUUGUCCCAAACCAACUACACAAGCCCCGCCUAGGUGUUAUCCAGGCUCUUCCGACCCGAGAUGCCCCCAACCAACAACUCCUGCUCCUCCGAAAUGUUUCCCUGGAAGCAACGAUCCUAGAUGUCCUAAGCCUACGACUCCCAAAUCAGUUUGUUACCCAGGUUCUCCUGAUCCCAACUGCCCUCAGCCGUCUAGGCCAACAACAUUAAAUCCACCUACGUAUUUACCUCCGACAACAUCGCAACAAAAAUGUUUCCCGGGCUCUUCAGACCCUAGUUGUCCGCGACCUACAACACCCGCUCCUCCAAAUUGUUAUCCUGGAAGUACUGACCCACGUUGCCCUAAACCAACAACGCCCGCUCCACCUAACUGUUACCCAGGCUCUAAAGAUCCACGUUGUCCGAAACCAACUACACCCACACCACCCAGAUGUUUCCCUGGUUCAGACGACCCACGCUGUCCAAAGCCAACAACGCCGGCUCCUCCUAGAUGUUACCCAGGAAGUACAGAUCCUCGUUGCCCGAAACCAACUACUCCUGCUCCACCAAACUGUUACCCCGGAGGCACAGAUCCGCGCUGUCCUAAACCGACAACUCCAGCCCCACCCAACUGUUAUCCCGGCAGCAGCGACCCCCGCUGUCCUAAACCAACCACACCCGAGGCUCCGAGAUGCUACCCGGGAUCAGAGGAUCCUCGUUGUCCGAAACCUACAACCACCGCUCGACCCAACUGUUACCCAGGAAACACUGACCCACGUUGUCCUAAGCCAACUACACCCGCUCCGCCAAAGUGUUUCCCAGGUUCCAACGAUCCACGUUGUCCGAAACCAACUACACCCGCUCCACCAAGAUGUUAUCCAGGAUCAAAUGACCCACGGUGUCCUAAACCAACUACGCCUUCCCAACCAAAUUGUUAUCCCGGAAAUAAUGACCCUCGUUGUCCCAAACCAACUACACAAGCCCCGCCUAGGUGUUAUCCAGGCUCUUCCGACCCGAGAUGCCCCCAACCAACAACUCCUGCUCCUCCGAAAUGUUUCCCUGGAAGCAACGAUCCUAGAUGUCCUAAGCCUACGACUCCCAAACCAGUUUGUUACCCAGGUUCUCCUGAUCCCAACUGCCCUCAGCCGUCUAGGCCAACAACAUUAAAUCCACCUACGUUUUUACCUCCGACAACAUCGCAACAAAAAUGUUUCCCGGGCUCUUCAGACCCUAGUUGUCCACUACCUACAACACCUGCUCCCCCAAAUUGUUAUCCUGGAAGCACUGACCCACGUUGCCCUAAACCAACAACGCCCGCUCCACCUAACUGUUACCCAGGCUCUAACGAUCCACGUUGUCCGAAACCAACUACACCCACACCACCCAGAUGUUUCCCUGGUUCAGACGACCCACGUUGUCCAAAGCCAACAACGCCGGCUCCUCCUAGAUGUUACCCAGGAAGUACAGAUCCUCGUUGCCCGACACCAACUACUCCUGCUCCACCAAACUGUUACCCCGGAAGCACAGAUCCGCGCUGUCCUAAACCUACAACUCCAGCCCCACCCAACUGUUAUCCUGGCAGCAUCGACCCCCGCUGUCCUAAACCAACCACACCCGAGGCUCCGAGAUGCUACCCGGGAUCAGAGGAUCCUCGUUGUCCGAAACCUACAACCACCGCUCGACCCAACUGUUACCCAGGAAACACUGACUCACGUUGUCCUAAGCCAACUACACCCGCUCCGCCAAAGUGUUUCCCAGGUUCCAAUGAUCCACGUUGUCCGAAACCAACUACACCCGCUCCACCAAGAUGUUAUCCAGGAUCAAAUGACCCACGGUGUCCGAAACCAACUACACCUUCCCAACCAAAUUGUUAUCCCGGAAAUAGUGACCCUCGUUGUCCUAAACCAACUACACAAGCCCCGCCUAGGUGUUAUCCAGGCUCUUCCGACCCGAGAUGCCCCCAACCAACAACUCCUGCUCCUCCGAAAUGUUUCCCUGGAAGCAACGAUCCUAGAUGUCCUAAGCCUACGACUCCCAAACCAGUUUGUUACCCAGGUUCUCCUGAUCCCAACUGCCCUCAGCCGUCUAGGCCAACAACAUUAAAUCCACCUACGUAUUUACCUCCGACAACAUCGCAACAAAAAUGUUUCCCGGGCUCCUCAGACCCUAUUUGUCCACGACCUACAACAUCCGCUCCUCCAAAUUGUUAUCCUGGAAGCACUGACCCACGUUGCCCUAAACCAACAACGCCCGCUCCACUUAACUGUUACCCAGGCUCUAACGAUCCACGUUGUCCGAAACCAACUACACCCACACCACUCAGAUGUUUCCCUGGAUCAGACGACCCACGCUGUCCAAAGCCAACAACGCCGGCUCCUCCUAGAUUCUACCCUGGCAGCAGAGACCCCCGCUGUCCUAAACCAACUACACCCGAGGCUCCGAGAUGCUACCCGGGAUCAGAGGAUCCUCGUUGUCCGAAACCUACAACCACCGCUCGACCCAACUGUUACCCAGGAAACACUGACCCACGUUGUCCUAAGCCAACUACACCCGCUCCGCCAAAGUGUUUCCCAGGUUCCAAUGAUCCACGUUGUCCGAAACCAACUACACCCGCUCCACCAAGAUGUUAUCCAGGGUCAAAUGACCCACGGUGUCCGAAACCAACUACGCCUUCCCAACCAAAUUGUUAUCCCGGAAAUAAUGACCCUCGUUGUCCCAAACCAACUACACAAGCCCCGCCUAGGUGUUAUCCAGGCUCUUCCGACCCGAGAUGCCCCCAACCAACAACUCCUGCUCCUCCGAAAUGUUUCCCUGGAAGCAACGAUCCUAGAUGUCCUAAGCCUACGACUCCCAAACCAGUUUGUUACCCAGGUUCUCCUGAUCCCAACUGCCCUCAGCCGUCUAGGCCAACAACAUUAAAUCCACCUACGUAUUUACCUCCGACAACAUCGCAACAAAAAUGUUUUCCGGGCUCUUCAGACCCUAGUUGUCCACGACCUACAACAUCCGCUCCUCCAAAUUGUUAUCCUGGAAGUACUGACCCACGUUGCCCUAAACCAACAACACCCGCUCCACCUAACUGUUACCCAGGCUCUAACGAUCCACGUUGUCCGAAACCAACUACACCCACACCACUCAGAUGUUUCCCUGGAUCAGACGACCCACGCUGUCCAAAGCCAACAACGCCCGCUCCUCCUAGAUGUUACCCAGGAAGUACAGAUCCUCGUUGCCCGAAACCAACUACUUCUGCUCCACCAAACUGCUACCCUGGCAGCAGAGACCCCCGCUGUCCUAAACCAACUACACCCGAGGCUCCGAGAUGCUACCCGGGAUCAGAGGAUCCUCGAUGUCCGAAACCUACAACCACCGCUCGACCCAACUGUUACCCAGGAAACACUGACCCACGUUGUCCUAAGCCAACUACACCCUCUCCGCCAACUUGUUUCCCAGGUUCCAAUGAUCCACGUUGUCCGAAACCAACUACACCCGCUCCACCAAGAUGUUAUCCAGGGUCAAAUGACCCACGGUCUCCUCCUAGAUGUUACCCAGGAAGUACAGAUCCUCGUUGCCCGAAACCAACUACUUCUGCUCCACCAAACUGCUACCCCGGAAGCACAGAUCCGCGCUGUCCUAAGCCGACAACUCUAGCCCCACCCAACUGUUACCCUGGCAGCAGAGACCCCCGCUGUCCUAAACCAACCACACCCGAGGCUCCGAGAUGCUACCCGGGAUCAGAUGAUCCUCGUUGUCCGAAACCUACGACUACCGCUCGACCCAACUGUUACCCAGGAAACACUGACCCACGUUGUCCUAAGCCAACUACACCCGCUCCGCCAAGAUGUUAUCCAGGAUCAAAUGACCCACGGUGUCCGAAACCAACUACACCUUCCCAAUUAAAUUGUUAUCCCGGUAAUAAUGACCCUCGUUGUCCCAAACCAACUACACAAGCCCCGCCUAGGUGUUAUCCAGGCUCUUCCGACCCGAGAUGCCCCCAACCAACUACUCCUGCUCCUCCGAAAUGUUUCCCUGGAAGCAACGAUCCUAGAUGUCCUAAGCCUACGACUCCCAAACCAGUUUGUUACCCAGGCUCUCCUGAUCCCAACUGCCCUCAACCGUCUAGGCCAACAACAUUAAAUCCACCUACGUAUUUACCUCCGACAACAUCGCAACAAAAAUGUUUUCCGGGCUCUUCAGACCCUAGUUGUCCACGACCUACAACAUCCGCUCCUCCAAAUUGUUAUCCUGGAAGUACUGACCCACGUUGCCCUAAACCAACAACGCCCGCUCCACCUAACUGUUACCCAGGCUCUAACGAUCCACGUUGUCCGAAACCAACUACACCCACACCACUCAGAUGUUUCCCUGGAUCAGACGACCCGCGUUGUCCAAAGCCAACAACGCCGGCUGCUCCUAGAUGUUACCCAGGAAGUAAAGAUCCGCGUUGCCCGAAACCAACUACUCCUGCUCCUUCAAACUGCUACCCCGGAAGCACAGAUCCGCGCUGUCCUAAACCGACAACUCCAGCCCCACCCAACUGUUACCCUGGCAGCAGCGACCCCCGCUGUCCUAAGCCAACCACACAAGUGCCUCCUAAAUGUUAUCCUGGAAAUAAUGAUCCAAGGUGUCCACAAACUUCUUCCACUCCCAGUUCUUGUUACCCAGGAUCCAAAGAUCCGAAGUGUCCUCAACCUUUUGCACCAAGUAGCACUAAUCCACCUUCAACAUACUUACCACCUUUUCCAGAAGAGAAUGAGAUAAAAUCUGGUAGAACUAGCCGACUCUCCGAAAAAAGUUUUGAUUAUUACGACGAACCUCAAUUAAGCGCUGAUGACUUCGAGUUUUCCCGAACAAAACCGCGAACAAGAAAUAUCAGGGAUGUAAGCAAACUGCAGGCGAGCUUCCGAGAAGUUUCGAGUGGAUUGGGAAUAAUACAUAUGUGUAUCGGUGGUUCCAUAUUCCUUGUCGUGUUGUCUAUUGCUCUAACUAUCUAUACUUUUAGACAUAAAAGAGCGCGUUACCAAACUGCCAUGCAAAGUGGAACAACUUUAAAAAAUUAUAAUCCUUGUUAA